UUGCUUUGAUGAAGGAAGUUGGAAGAGCAUGCGCAAUGCUGUGGUAUGGCUGGCAUUUAUUAAAGAAAACUUAAUUAAACAAAGUAGCAGUUGGACCACCGCGGGUGUUCAAUAAUGGCUGGUGUUAUUUUAGAAAACCUCAGUAACAAAAAGUUGGUUGGUUUCUGUCUAAUUUUGCUAUUAGUGCAGAUAGUUUGCUUCUUAGUCGGUGGACUUAUUGCACCCAAGCCAACAGAUGCCAACAGUCACCUUGCAACAAAAUGCAUAGAUCCUUCAAUAAUUGUAGAUAAAUGGUUCAUACCAAAUGGUGCUGGACAAUGCAACAAAGUUUUGACUUUCGAUGAGGCUGCGAGCAAGCAUAUUGAGGCUAAUCAGAUUGUGUUCGCCGUGCAAAUGCCCCACAGACCCUUAAAUAUGAGUCGUAGUUUCCAGUUCCUACUUACGAUGCUUCGACUUGACACACAGUACAAGACAACGAAUCCUGAUCCACCAGAAGAUAUGACAAUGAUAGUCCGUAUUGGUUAUAGAAAUAGUGAAAAAGAAGAAUGGAAAGAGCUUGCAAAGGUUACAGAAACAAGAAAGUUGGAAUGCACUCUUGAUUCGACUGACGACGAGGGUGUCUCGGAGGGACAGGCUUACGACUGUGAUCCAUUACCGUUUUUUGAGCUAAGCAGUUGUCACUACAAUCAGUACCUGGUUAAUAUUAGAUUACCAGUAGGCAGUGAUGAUGAAGCUGACAAGUACAACACCCAGUUGGGCAGUGUAACAGAUAUUUGGAUCACUGAAAUUCACCAAACUGGUGGAUUCACUUUGGUGUGGUUUACAAUGAAGACUGUGAUAACACCCAUUCCUCUUGCAUUCCUCAUCUGGUUUUGGCUACGAAUCAGCAAGUUAAGACGGCCACCAGUUUUAAUGGAGAAAUUUGUCAUGGUUCUUGGAAUUUCUGUCACUUUCUUGAAUGUACCAAUUGAAUGGCUGACCUUCUGGUUUGAAGUACCAUACAUGUUGCUGAUCAGUGACAUACGUCAAGGAAUCUUCUACGCUACGUUACUGUCAUCUUGGAUUGUUUUCACAGGAGAGCAUCUCAUGGACACAGUUGAGCGAGCAAGAAUCAGUGCAUAUUCCAAACAAGUUGGUACCAUUGCUUUCUGUUGUUUCAGUAUGUUUGUCUUUGACAUGUGUGAAAGAGGUGUACAACUUUCGAAUCCUUUCUUCACUUUAUGGUCAACAGAGACUGGCAAGAACUUGGCUAUGCUAUUCCUUGUGAUGGCAGGCAUUUGUUUUGGUGCAUAUUUCCUCUUCCUUUGCUUCAUGGUCUGGCAAGUUUUCCGGAACAUUAGUAUCAAACGACUGGCACUGCCCCACAUGCUAAAAGCAAGACGGCUCCAUUAUGAAGGUUUGAUCUACAGAUUCAAGUUCUUCAUGUUGUUUACAUUGCUAUGUGCUGCCCUCACAGUCAUCUUUUUCAUUUUGAGCCAAGUGUAUGAGGACCAUUAUAAGAUGGGACAUGAGAAGACACUGCAGAUUAGCAGUGCCUUCUUCACCGGUGUUUAUGGCAUGUGGAAUAUCUAUGUGGUCGCUGUAAUCUUCCUCUACGCCCCUUCACACAAGAAGGUUUCCACAGAUGAUGAUAACACAAGUGAUGGAAGUCAUGUGGAAUUUGAGCUGAAUUCAACGGCAACAACCCCAUCCCCAGAGGAACAGCCUACAGCAGCUACACAACAGCAACAGUCAGAGCUAAAGAACCUGCUAACUAAGACUGCAAUUGAUUAGAGUGUGGUACCAAGCAUCCAGACUUAAAAUAAGUUAUUGAAAUAUAUUCAUUUCUACUUUAGUUAAAUUUUAUAAUGCUGCUUUUAUGCACUAAGAAUAUAUCUGGACAAGUAAGUUAGCAAUGAUUUAGUAUGUUACUUAAAUGAACAUUGAACUGACUUAAUUAUGCAUAUCAUAUGCCUAUGAACUUAGGAAUUCAACCUUGAAAUCAUUAAAAAAAAAAAACCUUUUUACUCUUCUCUCCCCCGAUGUUUACUGUAAAUAAUUACCAAACAUUAUUUUACCUUGACCAAAAUUGCUUUAAAUCAAGUACCUUAUAAAUUUGAUCAUGUAACGUACACCUUGACCAAUGAAUGAGGAUGCCUUGUCUUUAAUAGUCUACCUGUUUUAUUUAUAUUUCUAUUUAUUAUUAAACUCAUUUGGGUAUAAAAUACAAACAUUUUAACAGUAAUUAAAUAACAAAAGAGAGUAUAAUGUAAUGAUAAAAAAUGAUGUAAGGAUAAAAAAUAUUUCAUGGAAAAGUCAUGAAACAUCAUUAAAAAAUCAAGGAAAAGUUACUAAUAACUGUAGAAAUGUAAUCAAAAAUAUAGGAAAAAUAUUAGAGUUGGUAAAUUAUUAAGUAUUAGGUGAGCAAUAGCCUAGAACAGGUGCAUGAGGAUAAGAGGUUUGUUGUGACUGAAAACAACUCCACUUCCUAAAGCAUCAAGUCUUAUUUUUGUACUUAGUGUUAUUUCCAUCUUGUGGUUGACAACAUAAUUUGAAAUGUAAUAGAAAUGAAAUUAAGUGGAUGGCCUAGGGGCAUAUUGUUAGAUGAUAUUGAAUAAUUAAUGCCAAUGGUUAGGAAUAUAAGAAUAUAGUGACAAAGAUGGCUGAGAUGCAUGCAGGAAAGUUAGCAUUUUAGACAAAUUUAUCACUACUUAUGAGAAUAAAAUAAAUAAAUAUUAAUGUAGAGCUGUUUAUACCUGUUUACCAAAUAAACAGAUUUUUAGUAUAUUUAUAUAUUACAGUAUUAUAUAAUACUAUUAUAUUUAUUUAAAAAAAAUAUAUAUAUAU